AGUCACAUGGUCUGCUGACAUCACCAGAGUCCUUCUACUGAGAAGAACGGAAAUCAACACAAGGGCAGGGUACUCAAGAGGAGAUCGACGCUUGUAGAGACAACAUUCCUUUCAGGUUUUAAAAAUGGCACAAGUGCCUUUAGCUAAGAAAAUGUCAGAAGAACAAUCAGAUUCAAAAAGACAGUCUGUUCAUAUUUUAAACCCCCACCUAGAAAAGAUGGAUGAAGACAUAUUGUACCAUUUUGCCCUUGGCACUGGAACUCAUGACUUUCCAGCAAUGUUCAGUGAUGUGAAGUUUGUGUGUGUUGGAGGAAGCCCAUCAAGGAUGAAAUCUUUUGCACAAUACAUUGCUGUGGAGUUGGAGCUUGGGGACUCAAAGACUGACAUUCCCAAUAUUUGUGCAGGAACAGAUCGUUAUGCCAUGUACAAAGUAGGACCUGUACUAUCCGUCAGUCAUGGUAUGGGAAUUCCAUCCAUUUCUAUUAUGCUUCAUGAACUGUUAAAAUUGCUUCACUACUCCAAAUGCUCCAAUGUCACUAUUAUUCGCAUCGGCACAUCUGGUGGUGUAGGUGUUGAGCCAGGUUCUGUUGUGAUCACAAGUCAGUCUGUCGAUGCAACUUUUAAGCCUCAGUUUGAACAGAUGAUACUAGGAAAAACUGUAGUUCGUAAUACCGAAUUGGAUCCUGGUUUAAUCCAAGAACUGGUUCAAUGUAGCAAAGAGAUAAAUGAAUUCAAUACAGUCAUUGGAAACACCAUGUGCACAAUGGAUUUUUAUGAAGGACAAGCACGUCUUGAUGGUGCAUUUUGCUCCUACACAGAAGAAGCAAAAAUUGAGUACCUGAAAACAGCAUAUGAAGCAGGCGUACGAAAUAUUGAGAUGGAGUCAUCUGUGUUUGCAGCAAUGUGUAAUAUCAGUGGCCUGAGAGCUGCAGUGGUAUGUGUCACACUGUUGAAUCGUUUGGAAGGAGACCAGAUUUCUUCCCCUCAUGAUAUUCUUGUGCAUCAUCAACAAAGACCUCAGAAAUUAGUUGGUUUCUUUAUCAAGAAACAUUUCUCUAAUCCUGGAAUGUCAUUUUGACACAUCAUUCAUAUUAAACAAUGUGAUGUACUUUUCUUCCAAGAGCAUAGCAUAUCUCCAACACAUGCAAGUAAGAGUAUAUUUUUGUGUGCAAAAUAAUGACAGUUAUUGUAACAGAACUUGGUCCUAUUAGUGUGUGUUUUGUAUAUUGUUUUUGUCAUACAUUUUAUCGCCAUUAUAUUGAAUUAUUGUAGCCCUUUGGGAGUUGUGUCCCUCGCCCCUAUAACCUUCCCCCAUACUACUAGUCUCCUUAGUGCAUGCAUGGCCACAUGCAUGUUUCCCAUUUCAUGGAAUGGUCAUGGGGGUGAGGGACACAAGUGGGCUACAAUAAUACAUUUUAUUGGUAAUAAAAUAUAUAACAUAAACCAAAUUGUAGGAACCUUUCUGGCUACUCCUUGUGUCACCUUCCCCAGGAUCAACUCUGUUGGCCACAUUAAAUGAACACUCACCCAUCACAUUCAAUGUACCAUUGGCCAGAGAUAAAGACUGAUCCAAUUUGUGUCCUGUUCAUUCACCUUUGUCGUGUUCUUUAAAAGGUUGUGUUUUUCCUCAAUAAAUGUGACCCAUUACCUUUUGCAUCCUAA